UUCCUUCCAUCCCAAAUUCUUUUUUCUUUUUUCUUUUUAAAGAAUUUUGUUGAAAUUCCAUUCACAUUUUAUGAUUUGUCAUGUGUGUGCGUAUAUAUAUAUGCAACUCUCUCAACACACACACAUAAUAUAAAUAUAUAUUUGCCUACAUCAGAUUCUUCAUACACACACAUUGUAAUCAAGAGAUCAUAGAGAUUGACAUGGCGACUUCUACCUUCUCGUCUCGUGGAGCACAAACCAUGAACACCAUGUUCGUCAAGCCGAUGCUUAGGAAGUCGAUUCACAAGAAGAGUGCGUCGCACGACAUAGUCAGGGAGACAGCGAAGACGGAGGGCUCAAGCGCCGGAGAGGAGGUGAAGACGAUGAGAGGCUUCUACGGCGCCGGAGAGACGUCGUCGCCGGCGAGUAGUUGGGUGCCACAUGAUGGAACGGGAAUAUACUAUCCAAAGGGGCAAGAGAAAGUAAUGCAAGAUGUGCCUCCUCCUCCAGCUGGCAGCCACGCGGACGACCUCGUUAACUGGUUCUCUUGAUCCAUCCACUCUCAAGUGGCUCUCUCAGUUUAUUGUCAUCGAAAACUCUAUAAGUCUUGUCUCUGUGUGUCUAUUGUUGUGAUGGGUAAAACAUUACAAAUAUAUGUGUAAUUAAGUUGAUAUGCAAUGUCACAUAGCCAAUGAUAAUGAAUAAUUAAUGAUGAUUAUAAAAUGAGUU